GCUGGAGGGAAUGGAGUGUGAGUGUGAGGGUGGACUGUGGUUAGAGGGCUGAGGGUGGGACCCGCCUUCAGCUGUCCCCAGGCAGCCCUGGUGCAUUCCUGCUGCCCAGCACUGAACCCUCACAGCAGCGCUCAGAGCCAUACCAGGAAAAUCCCAGGGAGCUUCAGGAGCCUCUGGCUGCCCCUGGCAACAGUGUUGUGUGCUGCUGCCAUCUUGUCUGCCCCGCUCCCAGCUCCUCCACAGGCCCCGGGGCGAGGAGGAGCCCCCGGCCGAGAUGGACUCGGAGGACCUGGAGGAGCAGGACCUGGAGGAGCAUUUGCGUGCGGCUUUCCAGGACAAGCUACGGCUGCUGCUGUGAGUGAGACCCCUCCGUCCUCCCGGGGACGGGCAGCUGCUCCCACAGCGGGUGCUGCUGGCUGGAGCAGAGCAAGGGGUUGGUGACGGGGCCAGCACGUCCUGUGUCCCCGGGGGUCUCGGUUUGUGUUGCCGCUGCCAGGGUGGGUGUCACUGGGUGGGUGCUGUGUCCCUAGGGAGGAGGGCACCCCAGCUGUGGGCUGGGAGGAGGCGGGGGGAUUCGCCAGGGUCUAACGAGAAAGCUGAGGUUGUGCCGUGACUUGUCCUUCCCUGGGGGGCAGCGCUGGCGCUGGGGGUCUCCAGGUGGGAGGAGGCUGAAGCAGGAGGGAUGGGCAGGAACGAGGGUGGGUAAGAACCCGAAUGCAGGUAGAGAUAACCCUGUGGGGUCUCUGCACAUGCAGGGGGUGGCCAGGCUCUGCAGGCAGUGGUGGUCCAUGGGGGUCCUGCCCAUGCCACGAUGGCAGAUGCCCCUGCCCGGGUUCUCUUUUCCCUCCAGCCAUGCUGAGCUCUGUGCAGCCCGUGGCAGGACGGUGCCAGCACGGGAUGCAGCCACUCUGAUGCCCUCCACUCGCGUGCUGCUGAAGAGGCGGGAGGUGGCAGAGGUGGAGCAGGAGCUGCAGAGCCAGCGGGAGGAGUUUCAGCGGAGGAUGGAGCGCCUGGCACAGCGCCGGGAGCAGCUGGCCCGGAGGGAAGAGGAGCUGCGGGAUGUUGCCCUCAAAUUCAACGCCUUCCUGAAGGCUGCGGCGGCGAGGCGGGAGCGGAGGGCGGGCCAGGAGCGGGCAUGGGCGGUGGCCCAGGGGGCCGAGGCCGCUCGCCUGCACCGGGAGCUCGAGGGGCUCCUGCAGCACAGGGAGCGCCUGGCCCGGCGCCUGCAGAGCCUCCGCUGCUUCGGGGACUACCUGCGGGACGCGCUGGCCAGCAUGGGGCAGUUCCAGGAUGUUCCAGCCAUGCUGGCGCAUUUUGGGGUGCUGGCGGAGGCACGGGCAGCCCUGGCACAGGAGGCAGAAGCUGGGCAGGAACGGCUUGCCCAGGGCAGGGCACGGCUCCAGCAGUACCAGGAGGAGAUGAGCGCUGGGCUCCUGAGCACCAACAAUGAGCUGGCCCAGCUCCACACACGCCUGGAGGCCGCCCGCCAAGAAGUGCUCCAGUGGGAGUCCUGCUGGGCCCAUGUCCAGAGCACAGCCACCCAGAAGACCCUGCUGCUGUGGCAGAUCAAGCUGGCCGUGCUGAACCUCUUCCAGCUCUGCACUGCACGGCUCAGGAUCCCCAUGGAUGUGGCCCUGGAGGACACCGAGGCCCAGUUGGACAUGUUGCUGCUCUGCCUGCGGGACCUGACUGACAUCUGUGCCAUCAGCAGGCACCCACUGCGCCACAGGGGUGCCAGGCUGUCUUGGAGCCAGGAAUAGCCCCUGGGAACACCUGGCUGCUCCCAGGGCUAGGGAGAGGCUGCCAGGGCCAGUGUGGAGACACAGGACCCCUGGGGAUGGAGGUUGCUCUCUGACGAGUCUGGUUAACUCCAUGAUGAGAGGCAACGUGGACAGCUGUGGCACAGGCACACUGGGGUGGCACUGCUCUGGAGCAGGAACAGGGAGCUGCUGUUGGUAUCUCCAAAGGUGUCUCCCAUCAAAAUACAUUCCAGCUGUGGA